AUGGCAUGUACGAUGUCAAAGACGGACGCCAUGGCGUCUUGCCGGCGACAUCCCUGCCAGGUUCAUCGUUGCUGCAGGACGGUGACCAGGAGAAUGCCCCUGGUGCAGGCGUCGCAUCACGUACGGAGUUCCUGCACCUGGAUGUGCCUUACGGCAGUUUGGACAGUCGCUAGAAGGCAUCGUCGGUUUCCUAGCAAUACGCCAGUGAGUCCGAUUCCUCGGUGCCGCAGUCUUGCAGCUGCGAGAAUCAAUGUCGACGUGGUAUCGGAAAACCCACUGAUUUGGGUAGUCGAUGGCUUGUGUGACGGAGCAAAGACUCGUCAGCUCCAGCGUUUGUUGGAAGAACAAGACAUGGACCUGCUGAGGAAGACGGCGGCACCUACUCUCUGGCACCAGCACGCGCUGGAGCCAGAGUUCAACCUGACGGUUGCGGACAGCCGUUCAGAGACAGACGCGCUCCAUAGCAGUGCUGCCAGCACUGCGGACACAGAUGCAGGAGAAGGUCGCGCCGCAGUCGUCCCAGUCCCAGUCCCCGUAGUCGGGCUCGGAGAGCGUGCCAUCAAUCCUGCAGAGCUGCCAACGCGUGGCUCUGCGGGCCAUUACCAUGGUAACUGCAAGCCCUGCGCCUUCGUGUACAAGGGUGGUUGCGACAGCGGCUACGAUUGUCAGUUUUGCCAUCUUUGCCUCCCAGGUGAGAAGAUCCGGCGUAAGAAGGACGCCUACGUGGACGAUAUGUUUGACCAACGGAGGGCCGCAAGGGAGGACGCCCAGCUCUUGGUUUACAUGAUGUAUGCUGGUGCGCUCCAGUUUGUCCCGCGCCAGUAUCGCUCGGAUCCGCUGCGUUCCUUCCUGUGGCUGGCCGUGCAGAGGAAGGAGCUCCUCCCGGAGGGUGCCUGGGACAUCGCUCUUGCUUCUGUCGCUCGUCAAGCUUGGUGCACGCAGUGGAACCCGGAGGACCUGCGGCGGAGUGGCUUCGCGAAGUCCGCGGCACGGUGGCGGGUUCCGGAGGCCAUGCUCGCCGAGUUGUCGCCGCUUGUCGUGGAUGUGCUCGGUGCUCCAGUGGAGGGACUUCCCUUUGCGGAGUCACGACCUUUCCAUGCCAGUGACAAGUUGCCGAAGUGGAUUCUGCGGGACACCACAGUUGUGCGCUACCAGCAAGAUGAGUCACAAGUACCUCACAUUGACACUAGCGAUGUGACGAUGCUGAUUUAUCUGAGCAGUUCCGGUGGAAACACCUGCUUCCCAAAUCUACAACGCAGCAUCACGCCACGCGCAGGCCGUGUUCUGGUUUUCUGCAGCACCACACCUGGUGCUUCGCGAUUCGGCGGCUUUGCUGGCUCAGCCUACGGCGUGCCUAACGAUGACACGAUGCACUUCGGUGGCCUCUCUCCUGCUUCGAAAGGGGAGAAACUCAUUGUGCAGCUUCUGUUCGCUGCACUGGACUCAUCUUUGAAUAUCGGCUCCUGGGACGAGGCCUUGUGCGGCCCUGCUUUGAGGCAGGCCAGCUACAGCCCAGGGGUGGAGGCGCAGGCCCUGCCUGCCGUGCCCUCUGCGUCUCGACUGCCGCGCCUGGCGACCUCCCCGCAGCGCUGUGCCACCGGCUGCAAGGGCCUGGCUUUGGAUUUGGAAGCAGCGCCCGGUGAAGCCAAAGUUUGCAUUCACUGCUGGCAGCCACUUGGCUUGCCAUGCAUUUUGCGAGCCAUGAGCCGACUUGCGUCGACUAGAAGCGCUGAGAGGAAGCUGAUGUGGCGAAAAGAGCUGCGAGGGACAGUGCAGCACUGGUCACAAAGAGUAGACGAGGGGAGCUGCGGCAACACUUCGUGGGAGCUGGAACGUGAUGCGUACUUGCGGGACCGAGAGUGGUGUGCCAGAAAGCCCGGGAUCACAGCAACGAGGGCAGCUCCCUGUCUUUGCCAUGGCUGCAGUAGCCAUGGCGAGAUGCCGCUGCCCGCCUUUGCAGAGAAACCGGCGCAGGAGGCCGAGGGGCACGUUCUCAACGCCGUGCUCCCAGCUCCUUCCGUCGUCGCUGCCGGUUCGUUUCGCGAGCGUCCGGAGUGCAUGGACUUCGGACAGGCCCAGCUCGAGCAGCUGGAGGUCGAGGCCUUAUACCGCUCGCACCGCUUUCCAGACUCCACGGAGGAGCUCCUGCCUUUGCCACUGCCGUCGGUCAGUGGCUUAAACUGCCCGCUCUGUCAUAAGACUUUCGAGGACCCCGUCAUGACGGUCGAUGGUCAUACAUUCUGCCGCCGAUGCAUUCAGGACUUUUUUAUGCAGCAUGCUUCAAAGUCUGGGGCGGCUCCUCUGCCAAACUCGCCAGUGAGUGGCCAGCCGUUACUUUCCAAGCUGCUGAUGCCCAAUCUUGCUGUUGGCAAAGUGCUGACGUCCAUCCGCGAGAAUGUGAGGCCGGCCUGGAUACAGGUGGAGCAGGAACGGGAAGCUUUGCGCUUCGAACUGCAGCAGCGAAGCGCGGAGCUGCUACAGGUGAAGACGAGCACAGAGGGUCAAUCGAAGGAACUAAACGAUGCGGAGCUGAAGGCUGCCACCUUGACAGCCAAACUGCAGAUGACGGAGGAGGAAGCACGCGCUGCACGAGGACUCUUGUGUCGGAGCACUGGGUGCUGUUCAUUACAAUUCAUUUCACAACCAUUAGACUAG